AUGCCUGAUCAGUACAAAGUGCAGGAUGAUUUUGGAUGUCCUGAUGACAAAGCUUGCGAGUAUCCCAAUGUAUGCAUGAAUCCAUGUAUUAUCAAAUGUGUUGAUGUGGGUUGCAAGGUGACGAAUCAUAAGGCAGAGUGUAUUUAUGAUGGACAGCUGUUUUGGGAACCUUAUGUGACAGAACCAACUUCAACUACUGAAGGAAGCAGUUCCUAAUUACAUUGUAUUAAAUACUACAUUGUAUAUUAAUUGACUGGAAAUUCAUGCCAAAUAAAACAUAUUUUGUAUAUAGAUGUAUGUAUAUAUCUUCCAUCCUAGGAAAAAAGCAUACUGCAACUAAAGGAUGAAAGUUACCUGUCACUAAGCAACCAUCCAACCAACUAUAGCUCCCACUAUCUAUUCUUCACUAUUAGCGGAUUGUCUUAGGUAGUGUUCUGAAUAGUAAAUGUUUUACAAAAAUAAAUAUAGAAUCAAGGGAUACAAACGAAUUAAUUAUCUUAUGGGAAGCCAUUAGAUGGAUAAAAAUAAUUUUCCAGUCACUUUAAAUAAUCAGAACUCUCAAUCUUAUUUUUGUGUCUAAUGAGAUGCCUAUGGGAAAGUUUCAGUAUAUUUAAUCAAAACUCCUGGAAUUGCUUCCUUAGUAAUUGUUUUAAAAUGUUAUAAAAUGAUGAAAGUUUAUUAAUACAAUUGUAAAAUUUCUUUAAAAAAAAUUGUAUGCCCAUAUAUGAUUAUUUUUUGAAGCCAAAUAAUUAAGUUGUUUUCUCUGAAAUUUGAUCUUCUUAUUGCAGACCUGAUAUGCCUAUUGAGGUAAUGAUAUGGAAAUGAUACGAUCAAACAAAUCUUCAGAUAGAAAAAUCUGAGAUUUUAUUUUCUGUAUAAAAGUAUGCAAUGAAUAGUUUCAAAAAGCAUGUCAAUUGUUUGAACAAAUGAACUAAUGAAUGUAACAGCAAGAAAGAAGCAAAAAUUAUUAUAACAUUUUUUUGUAAUAGAGUAGGAAUGUUUAUGAACUAAUCUUUAGCAGAUUCCAGAAAUUUAUAAACCAUUCAAUGUUACUUUUUUUGUUGAUGCUAGCGUGACUAGUACCUGACCUCAAACUGCAUCCUAAAUAUUGGAAAUAUGUGUAUAUUGUAAAAAAAAAUUCAAUCUUUCUAUUAAGAUGUUUCUUCCAUUUAACUUAUGUGAACAGAUCUACUUCCCACUUUUGACAAAAUCACUUUGUUGAAAUUAGAUAUUUUACAAGAGUGAGAUUGUACAUAAAUGUUAAAUUUGAGGAUUAGAAUUCAUACUUCUUAUUUUUAGAGAAAAUAAAUAAUUUCUUUCAUUAGAUAUGAUUCUGAGAUAUAGAUGUGCUAAAAGUUGAUUGAAGACAUUCAGUAUCGGACAUUUACAUGCUUCAGUUGCUUUUCAAUAUUUUCUGAAUUGAUAUUUUAAAUCUUUUCUCCUUUCUACUAUACAAUCUUUACUGUCCUACUUUUAAAUUGAAAUUUGAAGUGCACACAAUAUUUGUGCGUAUAAUGACAUCUCUUCAUAAAUAAAUUAAUUUGAGUAUGAAUGUGCUUGCAUGACUCAAUCCAAAAAAAAUCAGGAAGCAAAAACAAUUCUCAAACAAUAAUAUAAGUAAUACACAAUAUAUAAGUAAUAAUAAGUGGAACAUUGCAUUAUUUGUGACAAUUAUUGAUUAUGGCAUUUUGUUAGCGGUGUGAAUAAAUGGUAUUUUUAAAGUUUGAUUGAAAUUUGCUAUAGAGGUACAAUGUUUUAUCUUUAAUGAAAAAGUAAAUCUAAUCGAUACUCGUCAGAUCAUAAUUGUUAAGUUCUAUAAUUUACAUUCAGUAAAGAAUGCUGCAAAAUAAGAUUAUGAAUUUUGAAAAUCAUUUGCUUUGGUAUAACAUUAAAAUUGAGGGCAUUUCUUUGAUCAGUUCACAUAUUUAUGAAAAAGAGAUUAUCUGUCCUUGUCAUUCUCAGAAUUAAGAAUGCUAUUGAUUGGAAUGAAUGAUUUUAGU